GAGCAACCUGGGAUAGUGAGAGGUGUCCCUGCCCAUGGAAUGAGAUGAUCUUUAAUGCCCCUUCCAACAUAAACUAUUCCAUAAUUCCACGGAAUGCUUGAUCACCUCUCCAAUGGGACCUGGCAAGGAGGAAAUGAAAAAUUUCCAUGGACUUCAGCUUCCUUAAAAUUAAUUCCUCAUAUUUGAAGUCCACCGAGUGCUGCUUCCUUUGGAAAAGGGUCUGGGAUUAACAGUGGGAUUUUAAUUUAAGGGAAAGAUUGGAGCUCCUCCUUGGUCCCUUUGAGACUGAGGAAUCAGAGUGACUCCAGCUGGUUCAUAAAUCUGUGGGAUUAAUGCUUUACAGUGAUCCAUGAAUUUGAUGAAAGGAACAAGCUGGAAGCAUAAGAUCCCAAUUAUUCUGGAAAAUCAGUGGGAUUUGAGGAAAACACCCCAAUAGCUGCAUAAAUAUUGGGUCUGAAACACUCAGGAGCAAAUAGAGGAAAUUCUGAUCCGGAAUUGUCACUUCUGGAUUUGUCCUGGGGGGAAUCCACCCAUCCUGUUGGCUCCUUAGGGAGAAAAAAAUCUAGGAAUCAGAGGAAAAAGGGGAAAGGAUCAGGAAAUCAAGCCAAGAUGUAAAGAGAAGGUGCUCAUCAAUAUUUCAGGGUUUAAUUUCAAAUUUCAAGAUGAGAUCUCUGAGAGCUUGAUAGAUCUAGAGACAAAUAUAUGCAAAUAUACCCAAAUAUAUGCAAAUGAGACAGUUCCAGGUUCCCUCUCUGUGCCUCUGAAGCCACAUUAAUCCAUGCAAACUCAACAAAUGGGAAGUUCCUUUCCUCCAACUCCAUCUCUUCCUGCAAAUUCCAUCACCCUGGAGUCCCUUCCGCCUCGGGCAAAAACUUGUUUGGAAGCAGCCAGAGGAUUUUAAGGGAAUUUUUGUGAGGAAAAGGAAAGAAAACCACCUGGAGACACUGGGAAGAGGCCUGGGAAGUGCAGGUGGGAUGAUGGAAAAGGCACAAGUAGAAGCAUUAUCCAAAGCCAAAAUAAAAAUCAUUGUCUGGAGGGAAAGCACUGGUAAUGAAGGAAAGAAAGGAGUGGGAUGCAGAAGACACUGGGAUGGCUCCACAAGAUAUUCCAAGAGGGUUAAAACCUCUUCCCUGCAGGAGCCAUGAAAGGAUUUAGCAAAUUGAUUUGACUUCUCCUGCUGGGAAGCACUAAAGCUGUUUGCAGAGCUGAGGGGGUUUUUCCCUGGCUUCUCCAUCAGAUUUAAUGGGAUGAGUUCUCAAUCCCUAUCCAGGCUCCUAAGCCAGCAGCAAAAAGGUGCUGGAAAACCAGAAGGCCCUGAUAUAAACCCAAAGCCUUGUGAGUUAAGUCAGGAAUUCAAGGAUUUCUCGUGAUUUCCACAUAUUUUGUUUUCCUCAACAUUUAUGAGGCUGGCAAAGUGCAGGAAUAUGAGACUGCUGCACAUCUUCCCUCAGGAGGCUCUGCCUCGAUCCCAAAAAAUCAUCUCUGGCUUGCAUGGAUCAAUAGAAACAUCAUUCCAUGAGGAAAAACCCACCCCAUCUGCAGGAGCUCCUGGAGUGUCACAGGAAUGUUGUAAUUCCAAAAAUAUUGGAGUAAGGGGGAAAUUUGGCUCCGGGAAAAAUAAGGAGUCAAGCAAAGAGCAUUCCACCUUCCAACAGUUCAAAGGAUCCCAAAGCUUUUCCUGUCAGAGCUCCAACUGAAAACCAAAAACCACAGAAUGAGUUUCCAGGGAUUUAAACAUGACUUACAUAAAGGGGAAGAAAAUCCCACCAAAAUCCCACUGUUAGGUUCCAAAAGGGAUUUUCCUCACUGAAUUCUUUGCUUAAGCUGUCGAGGUCACCCCUGUAAGGUCAGAAGAAAGAGAGGCUUUUUCAUCCAGGCUUUGGGGUGCACCUGGGGACACCUGGAAAAGGGAAUUUGGGGGUUUAAGAAGUGGCUCUGGAGAUAAUCAGAAUUUUCCUUCCUGGUUUAAAGGUUUUAAAGGAAGACUGAGCACAGAACUCUCCCAUAAGUUGUGGAGGAGCCAUGGAACAGCAGCUUUUGUUUGUACACAGGGAAGGAUGGGACAGAAAUUCAUGAAAAUGAGGUGUGGCCAGUCCGGAUGCUUAUCACCUGUGACAAAGCAGGAUUAGGGUCAGGAACUGGACUCUGUGAUCCCAAUGAGUCCAUUUCAACCCAUAUCUAAUGAUUUUAUUGGAAAAAGCUCUUUAGGCCCAGAAAAAAAACCAGGGGAAAUCCCUCUGCGUUCCACCCUCACAUGGAAGUGACAAUGGAACCAAAAAUCCUCCUCCAGGCCUUCCACAUGAGGGAAAAAAGAUUCCAUAAAACUCUUUCCAGAGGGAAUCAAGCUCCCCUUUGAGGGAGAGCAGAGAUUCUCCAGCCUUAUCUUUGCAGGGAAUGUUUGGAAUGACUCAAGGGCUUUUGUCACUUCCAGCCACCUCCCCCAGUUCCAGAGGGCCCAUCCAGGGUGGCAAUUAGGAGUCCUUAGGGAAUGUUUACUCAGGGUGGACUUUGAACUUCCCACCCGCAGGAGAUGAAGCCUUGGGUGACAGCCACACCUUGAGAGUGAUUUGUGACCUCAGUGACCAUGACAAGGCCACAGCCUCCCUGUUUCCAGCACCAGGGACAAAAUGAAUCACCUGGAGGAAGAUGUGGAAGCCAGUAAUUCCAAAGGGUAAUUCCAUGACAAAGGGAUUGCUUCUGCUCCUUUGUAGCUGGAAGCAACAGAGAAGAAACAAAACUGAAGGAUAUUUAGUGAAAUGUGGGAAGGGAAAACGGGAUCCUUGCAAGUGGUGUUAAGGUUUCAGAGAAGACAGAAAUGGAGAGGCAGACCCAGUUCCUGAAGAACUGGCACAGAUCAGGAAUGUGUUGGUAAAUUCCAGGCAUGGAUCUCUCCAGAGAAAUGAGGAAGGGGUUGCUAGCUGGGAGUUAUAGCCCCAGCAGGAAUUGCAGGAAAAGCUCCUGGAGAUACUGGGAGAACCUGGCUGGAUCCCAGAAGCUGCUCCACAGCUCUGCUACCCAAGACUGGACCAAGCUGGGCCAUGUCCAAGACCAGUUUUGGCCACAAAGGAGUCACCACCAGGAUUCCUCCCAAUUAGGGAAGCUGGGGAAUGCCCAGAGAGAAACUGAGGAAGUUUCAUUUGAGCGGAGACUCGAGACAUCCAUAAUGUGGGAAGAGGAGUCAUCAGCUGGUGCUGAGCUCAGCUCCACAGCCAGCCCCACCUCCAGGGAGACACCUUCCCGUUCCCAAGGACAGGGAAUGAAGGAGAGCAGGACUCCAGCCAGUCCAGAUCGCUGCCGUGGGUGUGGGCAAACACACCGAGACCCUUUUGUGCCAGGAAAAGGGAUAUUGAAGGGAUGAUGGAACCAAGGAAUGGUUUGUGUUGGAGGAGACCUUCAAAAUCAUGGAAUUCCACCCCCUGCCAUGGGCAGGGACACCUUCCACUAUCUCAGGCUUCUCCAAGCCCCUUCCAAACUAGCCUUGGACAUUCCAGGGAUGGGGCAGCCACAGCUUCUCUGGGAAUUCCAUUCUAGGGCCUCACCACCCUCACAGCCAAGAAUUCCUUCCCAGCAUCCCAUUUAAUCUCACCUGCUUCCAGUUUAAAGCCAUUCCCUGUGUCCUGUCUCUCCAUCCCAUGUCCCAAGUCCCUCUCCAGCUCUCCUGGACCCCUUUAGGCACUGGAGAGUUCUGAGGUCUCCCUGGAGCCUUCUUUUCUCCAGGCUGGACAUUCCCAGCUCUCCCAGCCUGGCUCCAGCCUUUGGAACAUCUCCAUGGCUUUCUCAGGACCUGCUCCAGCAGCUCCAGGUCCUUCUGCUGUUGGUGCCCAAAGCUGGGCCCCGAUCCAUGAUCCCAACCCCAUCCAUUGGGCCCAUGGUCUGUGGCUCCAACCUCAACCCCGUGAAUUUCUCCCACUAAACACCUACAUCCCACUCCAAAAAAAUAAAUAAAUCAGGGAUUUAUUUCCACACCCUCUCAGCAGCACUGGUGCUUCCUUACACAGAGUUUUUCCUCCAAACAGGAAGUUCCCAAGUGCACAGAUGAUUCCAGGCUGGAAUAGGAUAAGUCCAAGCACCUGUUUUAGUUCCAGAACCACACUGGUCUUGAAAGCAUUUUCACAGAGCCACAGCUGUCAGCUGGAAUUUUGAUUCCUCUUUGGAAUCCACAAGUUUUUCAGUCAGGCCAGAACAGGAGAAGUGGCCAAGUGACCCUGCUUUAGCCACAUUAUCCCGUGGGAUAGAGAGGAAAACAAAAGCCAGGGAAGCACUCCACACACAAAAACAGGCUUGGAAAUUCUCUUUUUUUUUCCAGGGUUAUCCAGAAUUUCCUUCCUUUUAUUUUUCCCAGCCAGAAGCAUUUAAGAAAUUAAUAUGAGCUGUUAUAAGACAAGCAGGAAGUGACAACAAGUGGGUUUUUACUCCCUGAAAAUCUAUUUAGAUAGGAAAUUCCCUGUCAUGGAAUUAAUCUCAUGGAGCACCCUGGCUCCGAGCUGGGUUUCUGUGGGAGACAGGAGCAGCUAAAACCUCUAAAACCUUUUAUUGAGAAUAUGGUUACAUCACAGAGCCUUUGAACAAAUGAGGGGAGGAUUAAGGUUUUAAAUUUCCCAAGUGGCCUCACUGGUGGUUCAUGCAGUCAGCAAGAGGAAGGAAAAAAUAAACCCGGGGGUGGGAAUAAAAAUCUGGGGGAUUGGGGGUUUUUAAACAGCACGAACUGCAGUUAAAAACUGAAUUUUAGGAGGGUGAAAGUGCUCUGAGGAGGAGGGGGAGGCACAGAGUCAGGGCAAGGUGCCAGCAGGAAACAGGUGGAUUAAGUCUUCACUCCUGGGACAGAAAACUUGGCCAAAAAAAAAAAAAUAAUGAAAAAUCACUUUUUCAGCAGCAUUCAGGAUCCCCUGCAAGGCAGCAAAUACGGAUCCACACUCCUGAUAUUGUCAGAGUGAUUAAAACAGCAGGAAAAGGUUGUAUCGAUAAUUUCUUUUAAAUAGCAAUAACAAAAAUAAAACAAUAGCGCUGAUCAGGUGUUCUGCUGCUUUAAUUAAAAAAUAAUCAUAUUAUCACAGAGGCUGCUGAUGCCCUGCCCAGCUCUUCCCUCCAAAGCUUGGCAACAUUUUCCAUGUUUUUCGUUGCGCUCCAGACCCAAAGAGAACAAAUUGGGGAAAAAAGUCCCAAAUCCCUCCUGUUAAUCUUCCCUCACGAGCAGCACCUGCUCUUUAGACAAGGCCCCGAGUUAAACCCCGACCUGGUUUAAGGUUGCAACCUCUUGAGCUGCAGCCCAGGCUCAAGUGACUCCAGAUCAGAUUGAUCCAGGGGGAAAAAAAAUUUACAAAAAAUCCCUUUAAGAGCUUGGCUGAGUUUGGCUUUCUUGGUUAUUUGGGAUUUUUUUUUAGGGGUGUUUUAGGUUUGGGACUUUUUGCAAGAAGAGCUCAGAUUAUGGAGUGAACUCAAUGCUGGCUUAUCCUGUUGGAUCUCAGGGGGCAAAACUAAUGGGAAAAAAUGCUUAAAUAGACCCAAAAAUGAAUGUUUUCCAUGUUUUCUUGCUCCCUAAAACCUCUCUGACCCCAAGAAACCAGGGGCUGGUGGCAGCCUGAGGACAAUUCCCACUGAUUCCAUCCCAAAAGCUGGUAAUAAAACGAUACCAGAAGAGCAAUCAGCCCCUUCUCUCUUGCAUAUCCUGACUUUCCCUGGGAGCACCUGGCUGGAUCAGCUUCCCACAUGCAAGAAGGAGGAAAAAAACCCCAAAAUCUCAGGGAACGAGGUGAAAAGCAGUGACCAUCCUUGGAUUCUCUGCCUUAGCACUCCCAAGAAGUUGUGGAUGACGGAGCCAUGGGGGUGUCAAAAGCCAGUGAGGUGAAGAGCAGCAGCAGGAAGCGAAAGAAUGAGUUGGAAAAGGGGCAGGACAAGCCGAAGGAGCUGGAAUGCACAGUGAAGCCUUCCACCGUGAAAGGGAAGAAGAAGAAACCAUCAAAAGCCAGGGAGAAGCCACUGCAGGAGAACGUCAUCAGCAGCUCCCUGAAGCAGGAGGCUGUAGAUGGGAAAGGCCUUGGCUCGAGCCUCUGGAAUGGGAUCCAAGCCAAGGAGGGAGCUGCGCCCGGGUUGGAGGAGACCAAAGCAACCUCUCCUCAAGGGCCAGCAGUGGGGCUGGAAGGCUCUUCCAGGUUCCAGGACAAAUCCCAGAGAACAGGACCUGCAGUGGGAGAGCAGCACUUGGAGACCCAGAAUGGAAUUAGGAUUUGGGAUGAUCCAGGCAGGUGGGAAGAGGAGAAGAAGGAAGAUGGAGUCAAGUGGAUGCAGCUGGAGCACCGAGGGCCCUACUUUGUGCCCCCCUAUGAGCCCCUGCCCAAGGAUGUGCAGUUCUAUUACGAUGCUGCAUUUUGGGUUUGA